CACAAUGUGCGUAUUGACUGUACAAGUUACACUGUAACAUCAACAACCAUUGUGUAGCCAGAAACAUCGAUAGCGUUUCGCGAAAUGGCCAAAGCGGUUGUGUUUCUCUUCUUACUAGACUCUUUACCAGAUUUCAAUAAUGUUAUUAACACUACGCUGCAUACAUUUGACCCAGGUUUGCUUGGAGUCCCAUGUGAUUCUACUAUAACAGCGCCAAUCUUACAAGUGAUCGGCAAAAAACUGAAUUUGACGGAAGACUCGGUAGAAAAACUGCAACAUAUUGACUUACCAACGCGAUAUCAAAGUCACAAGUUCCAAGAAUUGGCGCCAGAAUCUUUAAACAAUGUUGGGUUUCAAGACAACUCCAUUCAAGAGUCAAAUGAGUUUUCAAUCGAGAAGCGACCUAAUUUUAUUGAGCAUAUUUAUACAGAGAACGUGACCGAAAAUAAAGAUGCUCUGGAGUCUGAAGCUGCUUUAAAAAAUAUGGUGUUAAAUGCAAGCAAAGCUGAGUUUUCUACAGAAAAGAAUCAUGAUUUCAUUAAGCAUAAUUAUUUUUCAAAUGCAAGUCAAAAAGUUGUAGAAUCUAUAAUUUUAAAAAGUAAUGCGACAAAAGAGUAUCCAGAAAGCGCGCCAUUUUUGGCAGCCAUCUUCGAGACGGUUGGGAAUGUGACAGCGCAGACUUGCGGAGGUGUGGUGGUGUCUUCACACUGGGUGCUGACGGCUGCUAGCUGUGUUAACGUGUUGGGACCCUUUUAUAGUAACUCAUCAAACGAAACAACAGAUAACUCGUACUCAAUAGUAGCCAGUGCCAAAGACCCUCUGAAAGACGGGACCGUACACCAAGUCUCCAAAAUCUACCUCCACCCCACAUCCAACCAUCCGAAGCUGAGUUGGUUAUCCAUGGUGGAUACGGCGAAUGCUCCCAGCUUGGCUCUCUUGAGGGUGGAACCGGGGGUGAAGGGAGGGGUGAUUGGGAUGAUGGAGAAUAGGACUUGGAAUGGAGAUGGGAGAAUAUAUAGUUGGUCUUUGCGGCAGAAUCAGAUUGGUUUCGAGAUGACAGCUAUUGCGUCUCCAGCAAAACAGCUUGGUCCUGAAAUGUGCAAGAAAAUUUAUGGAAUAGCAGAAAACAAUACUACCAUGUGUUUUACGGUGAAUGAAACGACUACGAACCAUACCAGGAUGAGUUCUGGAUGCCCCGUGGUACUUCUCCAAGAAGGCCGUAUGGCACUCCUCGCCGUGGCCCUUACUGACGGCAUGCAACCUCUGCUCGCUACUCCGCUGGCCGCGCAUCGGGACUGGCUGCUCAAACUUACGAGGGAAAAUGCUGGUAAAGAUGAUAAUAAAUUGAAGAAGUGAA